CAUUCACCAAACAAGCUGCAUGCAAGGAAGAACAGCAAGCAGCCACUCUACCAGUUUCUCCAAACACACCAAUGAUUCUGCAGUCUGGUGUCGACUCCAACAGCUGCAAAGUCACAUGCAACAAAGAGCAGAUACGCCGUUACAGAUCGAGGUGUGAGGCUCUACAGUUCUCUGCCCAUGCGCCCGAACCCCGACGGAAAGAGACUGCCAUCUACUGGGUUUGAUGGUGACAACAUGUACAUGAAUGAAAACAACCACGAGUUCCUCCCGCCCGCCCAGCAGAGCUACACAGGUCAGACUGGUGGUGGUGGAGGUGGAGGAGGUGGAGGAGGAGGAGGAGGUGGCAGCGGUGGAGGCAGCGGCUCGGCAAGUGGUAACGGAGCCGGGGACGAAGACUACGAGAUCCCCCCCAUCACUCCGCCCAACCACCCGGAGCCUCCUCUUCUUCACCUGAUGGAGCAUGACUCGGCGGGCUACCUGUGCCACUCGCUGUCACAUAACGGCCUCAUCAACCCGUACUCGUACCCGGAGCUGCCCACGCUCAUGAUGUCCAACAUGCUGGCGCAGGACGGACAACUGGUCUCCAGCCAGAUGCCCUCAAUGCACGAGAUGGCUUUGCACCACCACCACCACCACCAACAACAACAACAUCAUCAACACCAUCACCAGCACCCAGACGCCGUUCGUUACGAGCACGCUCGUCACCACCACUCCCUGAUUAACAGCUCACCUCCGAUACUGUCCAACCCCAUGAGCGCGCUGUCCCAGCUUAACCCUCAGUUCAGCCGGAGCGCACUGCCCCACGGUUCCCCCUCACCUCCUGGGAGUAAAUCGGCUACACCUUCCCCUUCCAGCUCCAAUCAGGAGGAGGAGACUGAUACUCAUUUGAAGAUCACGGGCGAGAAACGACCAUCUUCCGAGAUGAUGAAGCCCAAGCCCAAGCCGCAGAAGAAGAAGAAGAAGAAGGAUCCCAACGAGCCCACGAAGCCCGUGUCUGCGUACGCCCUGUUCUUCAGAGACACCCAGGCGGCCAUCAAGGGACAGAAUCCCAACGCCACCUUCGGGGACGUGUCCAAGAUAGUCGCGUCCAUGUGGGACGGACUGGGAGAAGAGCAGAAGCAGAACUACAAGAGGAAAACGGAGGCUGCAAAGAAGGAGUACCUGAAAGCAUUGGCUGCCUACAGAGCCAGUCUGGUUUCCAAGACGUACAACGACCCCACGGAGCCGAAAAGUGCCCAAACAGGCCAGGCCUCCCCGCACAUGAUGCCAACCAACCCGUCCCUGUACAGCGUGCCACACCCACCCCAGCCGUCGUCCCCCUACCUGGGUCCCGGCGCCUUCCCCCUCGCAGACCUGCAGAGCUACGCGGGCCACGCCCCUCGCCACGCCCUCUCGCAGACGCUCAGCCAAUCGCAGAUGCUGCCCAGCAUUAGUGCCUCUCCCCCUUCCCCCUUCCAGAUCAGCCCGCCCCUUCACCCCCACCAGCAGCUGUCCCUGCACCAGAGCUCGCUCCUCAACCAGCCGAUCCGCAUGCAGCAGGUCCAGUCCCAGCCAAUCAUCUCCCACCAGAUGGGACUGCAGGCCUCCCUCCACUCCCCGCCCCCCCCUGGCCAGCAGGCGUACUCCCACCUCCAGUCAGAGUAUCAGAAGAGCAUCGGAGGCUCCCAGUCUCCAGGUGCACCUGGUCCUGGUCCUGGCCAUGACUGGGACAGUGAAUACUGCAACAGGGAGUGUGGCAACCACUGCAGUGGCAGCAUGAUCGGCAGGGACAAGCCCCUCUACCUCACCUGAGCCUCAUCAAACAGCAAGGCGGCGACCAAGCGAGGAGUCCACUCUCACCCUCUCCGUGACCCCCCCCUCUGACACGCGUGUACAUACGUUACAUACUUUCUUUAGUUCUCCUCUCGCGACGGGGACUUUUGGGACGAGAGCGACUUUUUCCCCAUAUUAGCCUGUGGUUUGAAGUCGCCUGAUGCACUUAAGAAGCCCCGCCCCCUCCCCUUUCCGACCCCUCCACUCUGGUAGCUGGGCUGUAGAGCGCUCCUCUUUUGUGUCCCCUCAGGGACCCCCAUCCAGCUUUAAUUAGAGUGCACAGGAAAACAUUACUUUCUUGUUCUCCUUACUCUUUUAUUUAUUUCCGCUUUGCAAAGUUGCCCCUCGUACUGAACAGAGAUCUUUACUUCGAUUAGUUCUUUUGUUUUUUUUUUGCUUAAGGGUCUGCAAGAAGUGACAGAAAAAAGAAAAAAGCAGCGGGGGAAUUGAAACUAAAUAAUCGUAUUUUUUUUUGUUUUAUUUGAAAUAUUAAAAGACCCGUGGAGGUCGUCUGAGCUGUCACAGUGUGAUUGUAAAUACAACUUUUAUGGGAUCAAUUCAAAGGAAGUCCACAUCGAGUUUGUUCUUCUUCUGCAAAACUACAGUGUAAGUCAUUGAGCGUGUGUGUGUGUGUGUGUGUGUGUGUGUGUGUGUGUGUGUGUGUGUGCGUGUGUGUGCGGGCGUUAGAUCGUUCAUGAUGUGUGAGAUUGAUUUCUUGCAUUGCAUUUGUGUUCACUGGUGUUUUUCUUUAAACACGCGUGUUAUAAAGUCAUUGGAAAGACAUAACAGUCAAAUAACAACCCAUUUUUUUUCCCCAACCAAAAAAUUAAUUCUGUCUCUCGGACAUUUACAAUUAAAGUAUACUCACAUUGCAUUAUUUUUGUAUUAUUAUUUUUUUGAUUUUGCUGUUUUUAUCGCCCAACUGUAGCAUUGUUUUUUUUUUCCAAGUUGUUACCAUUUUUUAAUUGUGUAAAAAAAAACCAAAAAAACUGCAGAUAAGAAAUAGACAAUUGCCAAUUGUAGUUAUAUUAUUUGUGAAGCCAGUCAUUUUUACUCAAUGUCUUCUCUCUUCUUUUUUUUUUUUGCAAGCUGCCCAUCUACUUUAAAACAUUU